AUGGCGGUGGACAAGAUCAAACCUUUCAACGAUCCCCGGGUGCAGCAGCGUUCGGCGUUUCUCAAUGGCCUGACCUAUGGCUAUCUAUACUCUGAACCUCUUCCAUCCGUGGCUCGACGGGGAACGGUCCUCCUCGUCCAUGGAUUUCCGGAUCUUUCAUUCGGAUGGAGGUAUCAGAUUCCGUUCUUGACGUCGCUUGGUCUCACGGUCAUUGCACCAGACUGCGUGGGAUACGGACGGACCGACUCCCCUCCACAUACAUUAUCAGACUAUGGAUACAAGCGCGCGGCGGACGACCUUGCCACGUUGUGCGAGCAACUUGGCCUAACGCAGAUCAUCCUGGGAGGCCAUGACUGGGGUUCCGCGGUCGCCUGCCGUAUGGCCCAGUACUAUCCCAAGCUCGUCACCGCGCUCUUCAUCUUCAGCACCCCGUACUUCCCACCGUCAUCCCGCUUCGAGCCUCUGGCCAACAUCAUCCGCAAUCACAUGCCGCACAUGACGUACCAAGGCCAGAUGACGUCCGGCGCAGUUGAAGACAGGGUACAGUCUCGCGCGGAGAUCCGGAUGUUUCUGAACGCUGUUUUUGGGACCCUCGACACUGCCCGCGCCGACCGUCCCACCGGCUUCGACGUCCACUCCGGCAUCAACCUCGACAUGGUCCUCUCCGGCUCGGUCCCUGCCAACGACCUCCUCAGCAGCGACGAGCUCGACUUCUACACCGCGGAGUUCCACCGCAACGGCCUCACCGGCCCCGUGAACUGGUACCGCACCCGCGAGGUCAACUGGGCCCACGAAUACGCCUACUUUUUCCACAACGGCGAUAUUGGCCGACCGUCCAGUCUACGAUUCGGUCCAGAGCACGAGGUCCUCUAUGUCCGAGCCACGCGUGACCCGGCCAUCACCGACGCCAUGGUCUCUCGUAUGCUCCCGAAAGUCGAGAAGCUGACGCACCGCGAGAUUGAGGCGGGGCAUUGGGUGCUCUGGCAGAUGCCGGCGGAAGUCAAUCGCGUUCUUGAGCAGUGGCUCGAGGAAAAGGUUUUCAAGGAGUACCAUCUCUCUAGCAAGUUGUGA